AAAAAGGGAGUCUUUAUGUCACGCUACAGAGGGCUUCGUUUCAAAAAAAUACGCCGUCUGGGGACUUUACCUGGACUAACUAGUAAAAAGCAUACAGUCGGAAGCGAAUUUAGAAACCAAUCACGCUCCGGUAAAAAAUCUCAAUAUCGUAUUCGUUUAGAAAAAAAAAAACAAAAAUUGCGUUUUCAUUAUGGUCUUACAGAACGCCAAUUGCUUAAAUACAUUCGUAUCGCCGGAAAAGCCAAGGGGUCAACCGGUCAGGUUUUACUACAAUUACUUGAAAUGCGUUUGGAUAACAUACUUUUUAGAUUGGGUAUGGCUUCGACUAUUCCUCAAGCCCGCCAAUUAGUUAACCAUAAACAUGUUUUAGUUAAUGGUCGUAUAGUAGAUAUACCAAGUUAUCGCUGCAAACCUCAAGAUAUUAUUACAGCGAAAGAUGAACAAAAAUCGAAAGCUCUGAUUCAAAAUUCUCUGGAUUCAGCCCCACGUGAGGAAUUGCCAAACCAUUUAACCCUUCAUCCAUUCCAAUAUAAAGGAUUAGUAAAUCAAAUAAUAGAUAGUCAAUGGGUUGGUUUGAAAAUCAACGAAUUGCUGGUUGUAGAAUAUUAUUCUCGUCAGACUUAAUACUAACUAAAAAAACAAGAGUUUUGAUACGAGAAUUUUAGCUCAUUCAGGUAUCAUCUACAUGGAUAUAGGACGAUUUGCAUUCCCUGUCCACUUUUUCCAGUAUUUUGCAUUUCAUAUUACCAAAAAAAUUGGAAUUGAAAAUUCAUAGCAACUAAAGUUGGAAUAAUGGUAUCCGUUGGCAUUUGAGAUAUUGCAGAUUGAUGAAUUAACGGAGAGAGAGGGAUUCGAACCCUCGGUAAACAAACAGCCUACAUAGCAGUUCCAAUGCCACGCCUUGAACCACUCGGCC